CCAACUCAUCUCUGCUUCUGAAUUCUUUGUUCCUACUCAGUUUCAGUUUUUGAUUGUAGGUUAUGUUGAAUGAUCUAAAAAUGAUCAGUAAUUAACAUAAACAUGAUAACAAUGGAGGAGAAAUCAUCAAGCCCUGCAUUAAUUCGUCGAGUUAAUAAAUUGCUUGAAUCGAGACUUGAAAAUGAUAAGGAGACUCUAGAAGCAUUGAAAGAAUUGUCCACAUUUUUCACAGAAAAUACCUUGAGCGCAAGGAGAAAUUUGCGAAGUAAAAUAGAAAGGAGAAGCUUAUCGAUAAACGAUGAAUUCUUAUGUGCAUUUAGAGAAGUUAAAUCUUCAUUAGAUGAUAUUUACAGAGAAGUUGUUGAAAUGAACAGCUCGGUACAAAGUAUGACCCAUCAAUUACAAACAACAAAAACACAAACGUUACGACUUAUAGAUCAAACGACAAAACUUCAAAGUGAAAGCCAGAAAAUAUCAAUACAACAAGAUGUUGCUAAUGCUUUCAUAAAGAAGUUUCAGUUAACUUCAUCAGAAAUAGCAAUACUUCAAGGUACUUCGAGGGAAGCACCUACCAUCACUGAGGAAUUUUUUACAAUUUUAGAUCGUGUGCAGGAAAUACAUGGUACUUGCGGAAUUUUAAUGCAAUCUGGUUAUCAAACAUUGGCUUUGGAUGUUAUGCAAAGAAUGACACUUUUACAAGAAGCUGCUUUAGAAAGAUUGUACAGGUGGACUCAGGGGCAAUGUCGUCAUAUUGAAAACGAGCAUCUAGUUCCCUUAUUGAUUAAGGCAAUGAAUAAAUUACAGGAUAGGCCUGUACUUUUUAAGUAUAUUUUGGAUGAGUACUGUACAGCCAGAAGAUCUGUUUUAGUUAGUUCUUUUAUUGACGCAUUGACGUUAGAUGAAGGAUUUGGAAGAACAUCCAAUCCCAUAGAAAUGCAUGCACAUGAUCCAAAGAGAUAUGUCGGAGAUAUGCUUGCUUGGUUACAUCAAGCAAUACCAGUUGAAAAAGAAAACAUCCUAACAUUUGUUAAAGAUUGUGAUAAAACAGAUAUAUCGGAACAAGUGCAACAAGCAUUGGGAAACAUUACAGAAGGUUUGUGCUAUCCUUUGAAAUCAAGAAUAGAACAUACCCUAGCUGGGGACAUGCCAGUGACAGUAUUAUACUCUGUCACAACCUUGAUAAGGUUUUAUCGUGCCAUACUAAGCCAGAUCGUACCAGGUAGUAUCCUGGAUAUUACUUUAGGUGAUCUACUAGAUUUAAGCGAGAAAAGCUUUUACAUGAAAUUACAAAGUGAAAUACGAUCUGCUAUUGGAGAGCAUUCUGAGCCACCGAAUACUGAUUUAAAUCCAGCGACGUCGGUUUACAAUUUACUAUGCAUUCUUGAAGAAGUUCUGUCGGUAGCAAGUAUAGCAGAAGGCAGAGAAAAUGACAUGGUUCAGAUUGUUUCUUGCAUCAUUGAUCCAUUGAUGCAACAAGUUAACGAGGCAGCAUCUCGGCUUCCCAUAGUUGACAUGGCUGUGUACCUGUUAAAUUGUAUUUAUCAAAUACAAAAAACUUUAGCUGUGUACGAAUACGUGGAUCAAAGACUAGAAAGAUUACAGGUUCUAUCAGAUGCUCAACUCGAUACUCUGGCUUCGGAACAAUCUAGUUAUUUAGUUGCCGAAUUAAAUCUUAGACCUAUUUGUACGAUUUUACAAGGAAAAGAACAGGGACCGUUAUCGGCAAUUCCAGGCAUGGAUUAUCAUAGCAUAAAAAAACUAAGCGAGAAGCUAGAUAUGUUCUGUAUGACCUCGGACAUGUAUUUUCUGCCACAAACCUACUUACUACAAAGUACUACUCAUCGCAGGGAAGCAUACAAACGACCGCUUAAAGUAGUUGCAGCGAUUUAUAAGCAACUGUACGAUGCUUGUCACGAACCAAAAAAUCUUUAUCAAAAUCCAGAAACCCUAUUCACACGGACACCCGACGAAUGGCUCAAAGCGCUGAUUCAAGAGCAACCGUAAAACUAGGCAAACAUUCCCGAAAUGAAAAGUCAACACCACGACACGUGUAUUAAAAAUUCAUUAUAUUGUACAUAACAUUCUA